AUGCCUUUCGAAAUCUCCAAGUUGCGCGAGGAGGACUGCCGCGAGUUCGCGGACUUGGACGAGGUGGCGACGAGGGGCUGGGCACUGGGAAUGGCAAUGGACGAAGAGGCACGACGACAAGGCCAGAACCGGAAAGACAUGAUACUGGGCAUGAUGCUUCAUCAUUUCCAAGAGCCGAAUCCUGCCGGCGUCUUGCUGAAGGCUACCGACUCGGAGACUGGGACAUUGGUGUCAGUCGCCAUGUGGAGUUGGCAGCUUGAAGAGAAGGAAGAGAAGGUGGAUGUGGAGGCUCCGGUGCCUGAAGAAGGUGCUGUUGGGGAGGCAAAAGAGGAGCGGAAAACCCUGUGGAAUGCGUUGCGAGAGGAGAGCGAGGGAGUGCGGAAGGCGUCGUAUGGCAACAAGCCACAUUUCAGACUGCAGCUUCUCAUGACCCACCCUGACUGGCAACGCAAAGGCGCGGGAAGCUUGCUGGUCAAGCAUGGUUGUGAAAUGGCUGAUGAAGCUGGGCUCAUCUCGGUCUUGACUGCAUCCGCCGCUGGAUGGCAUCUCUAUGAGAGACAUGGCUUCAAGAUUUUCAAGUAUCACGAGCUCGACCUUCGUCCUUUUGGGGUCGAUGGAACUGAGCCACGACGAUUCAUGAUUCGUGAGCCGCAGCCCAAAACGAAGCCUUGA